AUGGCAUCCGGACAAAGAAGAAAUCCACGCGGAAGAGACGACCGCGAGCUCACUGACCUAACCGGAGCCGACCUGACGUCGGCCAACAUCGUUGGGUGCGGCUCACCCGCCGACGGGGAGGCCAAGAAAAACGACGAUUAUAUUUUCAAGGAUUUAGGGAUUGUUCUUUGUUCGAAGAGAGACAAAAUAGCUCUUGACCACAUUUCGGGUCAAGAUCUCCACGACCCGCCCGUUUGCCCGCCCGUCAAUGCACCUCGGAGUCUUGAACUGGCUCACGGCCGCCCCCAUCCCCACGUAGUGAUCCAUCACCUCGUGAAACGUGCCCCUCCUCACCACCCUCAGCUCGAGGGGCCCUAUGCCCGCGUCCAAAAACGACCCGUCCAGACGGUCACAACACUCCUUCAGAACGUCUUCCCUGGGCAGGCCGCUGACCUCCCAGAAGACGACGUAGCGGGCUGGCUCGACCGACUCGUCCACGCAGCUCGUGUAGUCGACCACCUUCGAUUUGUCCUCCGCAAGAACUACCGCGGCCCGCUCGACCGACAGCUGGAGGUCUUUCUCGGUGGUCUUGUCGAUGUUGAUGUUGAGGAUGAGGUUCUUGCGACACACAUACCCAAGCAAGGGGGUCGCGUUGUGGAACCCUUUGACCUUGACCACCACAAAAAUUCUAUUGACCACCACCUCAUACUUUUCCCCGACCUCGACCUCCGUGAGCCCAACGGGCUCUGCGGCUGCCACCUCCAUCCCGCCACCGCUCAAACGGAUAAACUCGAAAAACGCCACAUUCGGAAGCACGGCGAAGGUGACCUCCUCCGGCGGGGCAAGCGGGUCGAUGUUAGCCCCAACCCAGCCCUCAGACGACCCGUAAUCCGCGCUUACCAGCGGCAAAUCGCCUGCGUAAUGCCUCAACUUCUCACAAUAAUGCUCCAUCGAGCCCGUCAUGAUCCCGUACACGUACUUGGCGUUGGGGAACAAUGCCGGAAUCAAACCGUACCAAUUGCUAAGCCUCAAGCACUCGUCCCAUAUCGAGUCAGGGUCGGGCCUCGUCAAAAUCCUACCCAUGGCCGACCGGACGGGCUUCGAUACUAUUUGAUUGGUCAAAGACCCUUCCCGAAUGUCGCGGACAAGGUCCUUCCACACGAGCUCGAACGCGCGGAAAGCUUGGACGAUGCUGUGGGCGAAUGUGGACGAGACGACUUGGAUUUGGUGUCGGGAGAUUAG